CCAAGCACUUCCGGAAGCGGCGGCGCUCGGGAGGAAGUGCCAGUCGGCUGCUGGGGCGAAAAGGGGGCGCCGGGCCGCUCUAGCCGGUGAGGCCGGCGGGCUCUCUAUGGCUGCGGCUGGGAAACCGCGCGGAGGAGCCCCGGUCCAGCGCCUCCCUCUCUCAGCAUGGACGAGGAGAGCCUGGGGUCGGCCUUGCAGACCUACCGUGCGCAGCUGCAGCAGGUGGAGCUGGCCCUGGGCGCCGGCCUGGAUUCGUCUGAGCAGGCGGACCUGCGCCAGCUGCAGGGGGACCUGAAGGAGCUCAUCGAGCUCACCGAGGCCAGCCUGGUGUCUGUCAGGAAGAGCAGGUUGCUGGCCGCGCUGGACGAAGAGCGCCCGGGCCGCCAGGAAGAUGCUGAAUACCAGGCUUUGCGGGAGGCCAUCACUGAGGCGGUGGAGGCACCAGCAGCGGCCCCUGGGUCCGGAUCAGAGACCGUUCCUAAAGCAGAGGCGGGGCCAGAAUCUAUGGCAGGUGGGCAGGAGGAGGAAGAGGGAGAGGACGAGGAAGAGCUGAGUGGGACAAAGGUGAGCGCGCCCUACUACAGCUCCUGGGGCACUCUGGAGUAUCACAACGCCAUGGUGGUGGGAACGGAAGAGGCGGAGGAUGGCUCGGCGGGUGUCCGUGUGCUUUACCUGUACCCCACUCACAAGUCUCUGAAGCCGUGCCCGUUCUUCCUGGAGGGAAAGUGCCGCUUUAAGGAGAACUGCAGGUUCUCCCAUGGGCAGGUGGUCUCUCUGGAUGAGCUGCGCCCCUUCCAGGACCCAGACCUGAGCUCCCUGCAGGCCGGCUCUGCGUGUCUGGCCAAGCACCAGGAUGGCCUCUGGCACGCAGCACGCAUCACCGAUGUGGACAACGGCUACUACACAGUCAAGUUUGACUCGCUGCUGCUGAGGGAGGCCGUGGUGGAGGGGGACGGCAUCCUGCCCCCACUGCGCACAGAGGCCACAGGGUCCGACUCAGACAGCGAUGGUGCAGGUGACUCCAGCUAUGCCAGAGUGGUGGGGUCGGACGCUGUGGACUCUGGGACCUGCAGCUCUGCCUUUGCUGGCUGGGAGGUGCACACGCGAGGCAUAGGCUCCAGACUCCUCACCAAGAUGGGCUAUGAGUUUGGCAAGGGUUUGGGCCGACACGCAGAAGGCCGGGUGGAGCCCAUCCAUGCUGUAGUGUUACCUCGAGGGAAGUCGCUGGACCAGUGCUUGGAGACCCUGCAGAAGCAGACCAGGGUUGGCAAAGCUGGCACCAACAAGCCCCCCAGGUGCCGGGGAAGAGGGGCCAGGCCUGGGGGCCGCCCACCCCCUCGGAAUGUGUUUGACUUCCUCAAUGAAAAGCUGCAAGGCCAGGCUCCUGGGGCCCUAGAGGCUGGGGCGGCCCCAGCGGGGAGGAGGAGCAAGGACAUGUACCAUGCCAGCAAGAGUGCCAAGCGGGCCCUGAGCCUGCGGCUCUUCCAGACCGAGGAGAAGAUCGAGCGAACCCAGCGGGACAUCAGGAGCAUCCAGGAGGCUCUCGCCCGCAAUGCUGGCCGGCAUAGCGUGGCGUCGGCCCAGCUGCAGGAGAAGCUGGCAGGAGCCCAGCGCCAGCUGGGGCAGCUCCGGGCUCAGGAAGCCGGCCUGCAGCAGGAGCAGAGGAAGGCAGACACCCACAAGAAGAUGACCGAGUUCUAGACCCCGCAAGCACUAUGGACGAAGCGAGGGACCCCAGCACGGGCUGCCCUCAGGAAGACCGGUGUUGCCCGAGGAGGGGCCGGCCUGCUGGCCUGGGGCGUGCGGACACUGCGGAGUGGAGACAGAGCUGCAGGGUCCCAUCUGGACACUUACUUGCCCACCCGCCAGUGUCUUGGGCAUUUCCUUGGGAAGGACAUUAAAGUGAUUUCAUCACAGUGUCA